GGCAGGCUGGAUCCGCAGUAUGCUGAGGGAGUCCCCUCACCUGGAAAGAUGUACGUGAGUUACCUGCAGCUGGACAAGGACCCCGCCAUGUACCCGCACCAGAACCCGGUGACCCGACACCCGGGCCUCAGCCUCAGCCCGCAGAAUUUCACGGUCCCUGCCCCGCCGCAGUACUCGGACUUCGCCGGCUACCACCACCACCACCACCACGGCAUCAACAACGACCCGCACGCGGUCCAGCAGGCCGGCCCGGGAACCGGUGGCUGGAGCCCGGCCUACCCGCCUCCUCCUCCGCCCACACGGGAUGACUGGUCGUCCCACCAUUACGGCCACACGGCCGCCGCCGCCGCAGCAGCGGCAGCAGCCGCAGCCGCAGCCGCAGCCGGGGGGCCUCCCGCGGCGUCCACCGUGCCCGGUGCGGUGGGUCCCACCCUGGGAUUCAGCCCCCCGGACUUCCCCGGGCAGCCUCCUGCGCUGCUGCCCACGUCUCUAAACGCGUCGGCGGGGCAGCUGUCUCCCGGCUCCCCGCAGAGGAGGAACCCCUACGACUGGAUACGACGCACCUCCGCACCGCCCUCCAACCCAAACGGUAAGACACGGACCAAAGACAAGUACCGGGUGGUUUACACCGACCACCAGAGGCUGGAGCUGGAGAAGGAGUUUCACUACAGCAAAUACAUCACCAUCAGGAGGAAGGCGGAGCUCGCAACGGCGCUCAGCCUGUCAGAGAGACAGGUGAAGAUCUGGUUCCAGAACCGCCGGGCAAAGGAGCGCAAGAUCAACAAGAAGAAGCUCCAGCAGCCGGCCUCCUCCACGACCACGCCCACCCCUCCCACCGGCACCAACGGCAGCGGAGGAGGUGGUCCUCAUGGAAACGGCGGCAGCAGCGUUGCCAUGGUGACAAGCAGCAGCGGCAGCAACGGGCUGGUGUCCCCUUCAUCCUUGCCUUUAAACAUCAAGGAGGAGUACUGA